AUGAGUGUGUCGGUAGAUCAUGCCUCUGAAGACUUUCGUCGUUUGUGCAAUCGAUUGGGAGAGAAUGACGAAGAUCUGGUCAAAGUCAUCGCUGUUUUGAUUCCAGGAAUGCGAGACGACGACUUUUCCCUUCUUGUCCAAAGACUCACCGCCAACACAACAGUUAAAGACGUGUCGAUUUCCUUUAUGACACCCUUGUCCACGGCUCAGUUUCAGGCUCUGGGUAGAGUGUUUAUAAAUAACACACAUACCACGGGUUUCCGACUCAUAUGCAACCCUCGGGUGGAGGCCAUGGAUAUGCGGCCCCUCUGGGAGGGCCUGUUUCAGUCAAAGGUACUCCAACUUCUCUAUCUGAACGGUUUUCAGACGCAACAUAAUGCUAUUGUAACUUUCCUCUCUGGAUGGAAUGGAUUCACUCAGCCGAAUGAUCCUUCUGGAAGAAUCUAUGUAUCAGAUUGUUUCAUUGGAACGCUCGAAACUGACGCCAUUGUAAAAUUGCUCCAAAAUCAGGACAGGCACAAUUUUCGUUUUUACAUCUCAAGGUGCCAAUUUGAUUUGACUGAAAAGAGCACCAAUCUGCGACAACGUAUCGCCAAAGCCUUGGCACACAAUACUUCACUCAAGGUUUUCAGCUUCGAAGGUUCUCUUGAAGACUCAACUUGUGCCCAGGCCUUUGGUAGUGCAAUUGCGGUCAACAAGACUCUUCAUGGUGUUCGCUUUGAGGAUUGUGGUGACCUGGCAGUUCCACUUAUCACUCAGGGCAUUGUUCAGAACCACAGACUCUUUGCUGCCCAAGUCCAAGGCAGCUCCACUCCUCCUUCCGUCCAAAUACAAGAAUAUCAACGACAAAUCAAUCAUUCCAUUGCAAUGAACCGUGCCGGACGAUAUCACAUGUAUGAUCUUGCACGUCAAGGUGGUGAGAUGGAGCUAGAUUCCGCAUGGCUUCGCCAUCUGAUUCGCUGUGGCAACAAAGAACACGCCAUCAUCUAUUCUUGGUUGCGAGACUAUGUUGAUAUCUUUACGCGAUGGGUGCUGCGUGGUACCGGCAUGGCUGGCCAGAAGCGAAAAGCGACUGCCAGCAAUAAGGGAGAUGGUGGAUGCAACAAGAGGGCCAAGACAUGCUAA